GACCUUAAUCAAGGGUCAAGGACUGUUAAGAUGCGGCGUUGAAAGGCAACAAGAUUGAUCGAGAGUGUUUUUAUUUGGAAAUAUUGAUACAAAGUCAACGAAAUGUAAAUCAAGUUGACGAAUAGCUUAAUGGUUGGACACUGUUGAAUAAAAAUCAUGUCAUACAGAGUGCUAUCGUGCGCAAUUCCCCGGAUUAAACCGGGUGGAGUAUUGGUGUCUCCGAGGUUACCAUCAUGUGUUUGUAUUUGUCAUAGAGGUUAUCAGUCUACAAUACUUAAGGAUGGGGGUCAUUUUGGCACUUGGAGCAGACGUUUAAGACUACAGAAACUAACCAACCAGAUUCAACCCACUGCCAGUUAUUCACAGCUUUCAACCAAUCAUCACCAAAAAGAUAGUUAUUAUAAAUCUAAAUAUCUAUUAGGUCCAAAUCCUGCUUUAGUUUAUGACUUUACCAAUUAUAAUUUAAUGAACCAAUUGAUAUUUCGAAAUAUUUCUUCGAGUAAUUUAUUAUUUAAGGAUGAAUCCAAUGUCGAAAAAUCUGUGAAAAGAUUAAAAGAACAGUCUUCUGAUUUGAAAGAGGAUAUAGAGAAAGAAAAGAAUCUUGUGGUAAAGAAAUCGUUAUGGCAACGAUUUGUUGCCGAGUUAAAACAUUAUUAUAAUGGUUUCCGGUUACUCUUUAUAGAUGUAAAGAUUUCUUGUAGAUUGUUAUAUUUGUUAUUAAAUGGAAAGACAUUAACAAGAAGAGAAAAUAAACAGUUAGUUCGUACUGUUGCAGAUUUAUUUCGUCUUGUACCAUUUCUAGUUUUUCUCGUUGUGCCAUUUAUGGAAUUUUUACUCCCUGUAGCUGUGAAGUUAUUCCCUAAUAUGUUACCAUCUACUUUCGCAGAGGAAAAUAAAGAGCAAGAGAAGUUAAAGAAACAGCUGAAAGUAAAACUAGAGAUGGCCAAAUUUUUGCAAGAUACAGUUCAUGAAUCGGCUUUACAAGGGAAGAAACCUUCAAAAUUAGCAGAAGAAUUCACAUCAUUUGUAGAUAAUAUUCGUAAUAAGGGAAUUCAAACGUCUACGAAAGAUAUAGUCCAGUUUUCUAAAUUGUUUGAAGAUGAGAUAACUCUGGAUAACUUAUCACGUCGGCAACUACAAGCUUUAUGUAGAGUAUUAAAUAUCACUCCAAUUGGAACGGAUGCAAUGUUACGUUUUCAGCUCAGUAUGAGGCUACGAAAACUUAAAGCAGAUGAUAAGAUGAUUGUAAAAGAAAGUAUAGAAACUUUAACAAUGUCUGAGUUACAAUCGGCUUGUCGUGCUAGAGGAAUGAGAGCUCUAGGAUUAUCAGAAGCCAGAUUAAAAAAUCAGUUACAACAAUGGUUGGAUCUUCACCUCAAUGAAAAGAUUCCAACUUCUUUACUUUUAUUAUCCCGUGCUUUAUAUUUACCAGAAAAUCUUUCAACAACUGAGCAGCUGAAGGCCACCAUUUCAUCUCUUCCAGAAUCUACUACAUCGGAGACAAUAGUGAAGGUAGCAGAAUUAAGUGGUGUUAAAAUUGAUAAUAAAGUUAAAUUGGAUUUAAUCCAACAUGAAGAAGAAGUUAUACAGAAAGAAAGACAAGAGAAAACAAAAGAGGAACAGGAACUGUUACAGAAGAUUCGUGAAGAAGCUGAAGCUGUUGCAGCUGAAAAACAAAUGGAAGCAAAUGAAAUUUUACAAGAUGAUGCAUUGGAUAUAAAACCUGCUCUUAAAGAAGCUUUGGUAGAUGCUAUUCCAGAGUUGGGAGAUAUAGCCAGUAAAGAGAUAACUAGUAAAGAUUUAGAGGAGAUUGAAUCGGCUUUAGAAGAUAUUGCUGAACAAAAGCGACUGGAUAUCAAUAAUGAAGAAUUACAAGAUUUGAAGGCAGAAGUUAGUGAAUAUAAAGAGGAUUUAGAAGACCUGAAGGCUAUUAUGGUUGCCACUGGUGGUGUAAAUGAGAUUCAGGAAUCAAAAUCUGCUAAACGAUUGGCUAAAAAAGUGGACAGUAUGAUUAAAAAAAUGGACGGAAUGACCGAGAAAUUAUAUUUGGAAAAGGAAAAGUUCCAGGAGGAAAUAGAAGUACGUGAGGUGAAGAUGAAACGUAGUAGUGAAAUUCGUGAAGAUGAAGAAUUAAUGGAAAAAUAUCAAAAAGAUAUAAAUGCAGAUAAGGCUAAUAUAAUCAGUAUAAAUGAGAUGGUUUUAGCUUUAAAAAGAUUACAGAAAGUACCAGAUGAAACACGAUUACAACAGAUAGUAGAAGUUCUAGAUGAAGAUAGAGAUGGCAACAUUGAUAUCAGUCUUGUGUUGAAGGUGAUAGAACAGUUAGGAAGAGAAAAUGUUAAAAUAGCUCCAUCACAGUUAUCUGAAGUUAUAGAGCUAAUAAAACAAGAAGAAGAAUUCCACGAACAGGAAAAAUUACAAGAAAAACAAGAAAAGGAACAAAAACAGCAACAGGAAGCUCAGGGUCAAUAAGUCACACACAGAGGUCAUAGUAGGUCUUAUAUUAUAAAAAUAGGCAUAGUAUAUAAUUUUGAUUGUAGAGAAUGGGAGGACCAUGUAAAUUGUGUGAAAAAAAAAUGGUUAAAAUUGUACAUUUUGGAUCCAAAAUAAUAUGUAUAUAUCAACAAUUAUUGAUAAAUUAUGUAAGUGCCCAACUUCUUAGUACACAUAUGGUAAUAAAUAUUAUUUAAGAGAGGAACAUCCCCAUUAUAGAUACAGUUUGUUGACUGCUGGAUGGUCAUUAGUCAUAUGUGCAUUUACUAGGUAAAAUUUGUAUUAAUGCCACAAUCGAUCUCCUGGAAAGUAAUUAGUUUGGGUUAUUGUAGAGGUCAUUAAAAAAACAGUAAAAAUAACAUUUUAUGACCAAUAUUAAAUCUAGAAUCCCAUUUCAUUCCGUUUAUAGAUCUCCAGACUGAGUACUGCUUUUCAAAAAAACUACCCAUUAAAUUUAAUUAUAUGUUUUUCAAGGAGCCUUAUUAAUGAGUGACUUGAGUCACAGAAAAAACCCUAUAAAUUUCAUUUGACAAUAAUAUUUGGUUUAAAUACCCACUAAACUUAACCGGUAUCUAAGGUUGCUUUAGGUGCUAAACUUAUUGCAAACAUUUUAUUUCAUAUUGAGAUAUUUAUUAGAGUAUGUCACUAAAAAUAAACUUAUAUUUAUUGUAUUGUUGAUAACGUUGAUAGAAUUACACUGUGGUAGAUUAUUUCAUCUUAUUUUGGUUUUCGCAAAUCAAUUCUGUAAAAAUGAAUUGUUAGUGAAAUAAUUUAUGUGACUAGUGAGUAUUUGUGUUAGUAGAUUUAUAUUCCUUUAAGAAAUUCCAGUUAGAUUAUAGGAAAAAAUAUAGGAAAAAUAGCAUAUUUAAUAUUCAUAAAUACUAGUGUAGUACUCCCUAUGUUUAACUUGACAAGAAUUCUUGUUUAUUUAAUCAAGUCUUGAGGUCAGGUCCUAAAGUUGUAAGACACUGGUUCACUAACCAUGAGAUCUGGCAAGGAACAGUGCCUAGUCAUUAGGAUGGGUUGGAAAAGAACCCUUUGCAGUUGGAAUUUGAUGUAGAGUAGGCAGAGACAUAGCUGUUUGUUCAAAAUUUUCCUCAUAGCACACUGCAUGGCAUACCCGUCUUUGUUAGCUCAGACGAUGCAGAACAGAAGCACUUUUAAGUUUAAACCCCAUUUUAUUUGCAAAAGUAGGAUUUGCUUGACCAAAUAUCCUUAUGUGAAACGCAAGUCUUUACUCCAUUAUUAAUGACCCCUUAUUUGUUAAAUUGUUUUAGACACUAAAAACAAAUACAAAAAGGUUUAAUGCUAUGCUGUUAUUUAUUUUAUAAUUAUAUGUUUGGAUAUUUAGUUUUAGAGCUAAUUUAUUUAUUAGAAACCAUUUGAAUUGAAUUUUUGAUUAUGUUUUAUAUAUUUAUAUUGGAGUUAAUUAAGGUAUUACUCAACUGCUUGUAACAUUAGUUAGAAAGUAAAUCUGUCCACUCCUUUCGAUAUGAUUUUCAUUUUCCACCGUAAGUUUCUUAAUUAAUUAAACCUUAAAGUAAAACAAAAUUUUAUUAGUUAUGUGUAUCUGCUGUUGUCUGAAUUUUCACCUGUGAAUUGUUGAUAUUUUUUUCUACGCAAAAACCACACCAAGCUGAUUGAACUGUUGACUGUCUAGGUAUUAAAUAAUUGAUUGUAUAUAGAAAUAAGGUGAUUAUCUUAAAAUCUUUAAAAAAUCUGCCAGUAGUUUUUCUUUUGUUAUUAUAAAUAUAAAAUAACUGAAUUAGAUCAUUAUUUGGUGACAGAAAUUGCACUUAUAUUUUCUUGUUCACCACAUUUUAUAGGAUUCUUUUUGCCUUCAAGAAAUCUUAUCCCUAUUAUGUUCACAAGCUUGGAAGCUGAUUAUCGACUGUGUUCUUCCUCUUGUGACCCCAAUGCUUUCCACCAAAUUAAAAGAAAAAAACAAUUAAAAACUAUGGCCUUUUUAGGGGGAAUGAUAAUGGAAUGGAAAGUCGUGGAGCACUGAAUACCAAGACCCUGGAAAUUCACUCAAAAUUUGAUUAAUUCACCUAAACUACUUGAUGAAUUUCGACAAUAUUUAGAAAAGUGUGUUGUUUGGGCAAUGCUUAUUCAGGAAUGAUGAAGCAGAUUUUGAAUUGCAGCUUACAGAUACAGUUAUAUUGUUUUGGGGUGAUAAACUUCACAUCUGCUAUCUUAUGUGCAAUAUCAGUUUUCCAUUACAGAUUCUUUAUCUAUUGUAUGUAAAAUAAACUUUUAUUAUUUUGUUAAA